AUGCCUCUGUACGAAGCAAAUAUACCACAGCGGGAGAAAGAGGAGUCCGACACAGAUUGCCAUGCAGCGAUCCUCGAGCCGCCGUCGCUCUGCAGUUCGUCGGGCUGUCCGCCGGGCCGUCCGCCGGGCCGUCCGCCGGGCCGUCCGCCGGGCCGUCCGCCGGGCCGUCCGCCGGGCUGUCCGCUGGGCUGUCCGCUGGGCUGUCCGCGGCUACUUAGGCAAAUGGAAAGUGAUGCGGCGAAGUCGGCCGUGGAGGAGGCAGUCAGCGACUCUGAGCCAGGACCCCCUUUGGCCCUGGGACCCCCUUUGGCCCUGGGACCCCCUUUGGCCCUGGGACCCCCUUUGGCCCUGGGAUCCCCUUUGGCCCUGGGAUCCCCUUUGGCCCUGGGACCCCCUUUGGCCCUGGGAUCCCCUUUGGCCCUGGGAUCCCCUUUGGCCCUGGGACCCCCUUUGGCCCUGGGACCCCCUUUGGCCCUGGGAUCCCCUUUGGCCCUGGGAUCCCCUUUGGCCCUGGGAUCCCCUUUGGCCCUGGGACCCCCUUUGGCCCUGGGAUCCCCUUUGGCCCUGGGAUCCCCUUUGGCCCUGGGACCCCCUUUGGCCCUGGGAUCCCCUUUGGCCCUGGGAUCCCCUUUGGCCCUGGGACCCCCUUUGGCCCUGGGAUCCCCUUUGGCCCUGGGAUCCCCUUUGGCCCUGGGACCCCCUUUGGCCCUGGGAUCCCCUUUGGCCCUGGGAUCCCCUUUGGCCCUGGGAUCCCCUGGGACGCCGUUUGGCCGUCGGUAG